AAGUUGAAGGUAAUAAACACAAGAAAGUAUGGCCUUUAACAAAGUUGCUCUCCUCAUUUUGUUUGCCAUUUUUGCUGGAACUAUUUUACUUUUAAGCCAAGUGGAUGCAGCGCCUGCUUGUCCACGUAACUGUAAUCCAACUAUUCAGUAUGGGAGAUGCCCAAAAUCUGGAAAUAAGAAGUUUAAAGUUGGAUGCACAAACUGUUGCUCAGGCACUGAAGGUUGCAACUAUUUCAGUGCUAACGGAACAUUCAUUUGUGAAGGACAGACGAAAAAGACUAUAGACGAAAUAAAUAAAGUUUGUCCCUUUAAUUGUAAUCCAAGAAUAGCGUACUCGAUAUGUCCAGGAAAUAAAAGGAGUAAAGGUAAAAUAUGCACCAAUUGUUGCGCAGGUAAAAAGGGUUGCAACUAUUUCAGUACCGAUGGAACAUUUGUUUGUGAAGGAGAAUCUAAAGUCAAAAGCUCCUAAUAUAUAGUAGUUGUUUUUCUGUAUUUUUACUUUUCUAUGUUUAAAAUAAUUA